AUGUAUGAACAACCUGGGAAACCAAUCUCCACUCCUACGAAGUUAUGGCUGGGCGUUCUGAAACUUAUGUCGAAAUCUGGACCUAUGAUGCAUUCAUAUCAAGGAGCUUUACCGCAUCUACCUCUUCCAUCUCUCAACGAUACUAUAGAAAAGCACCUGCUAUCAAUGAGACCAAUUCUGAACGAUGAGGAGUUUGAAGAACUUGAGCAUUUAUCAGAAGUUUUCCGCAAAGGACUCGGUCGCAGACUGCAGCGAUACCUUCAGCUAAAGUCAUGGCUUAGCACAAACUAUGUGAGAAUUUCAUACUCUCCUAUUACCGUUUCGGGCUUAGCUUACUUUAAAUCUCAGGUAACCGAUUGGUGGGAGGAAUUUGUCUACAUGCGUCAAAGAAGUCCCAUAAUGAUCAACAGCAAUUACUAUGGCUUUGUAAAUUCCCACGCUUCUUACCACAAAAUCGACACUCUCAAUGAACAUCCAACUCACAAUCAAGCCGCUCGCGCCGCAAAUACAGUGCUAAUAUAUGUGAUUCAGUUCUCUGUCUCUCCGCGUACAAAAGUGCCAUUCUGUACGAUGCAAUACGAACGACUUUUCAACAGCUGUCGAGUGCCAGGAGAGGAGGUAAAACCAUGAUC